AUGCCAAUGCAAUGGGACACCGCAGCCGACGCGAAGCUCUUCGCAGCCGUCGUGCGCGUCUUCGACGUCAAGCUCGCCAACGGCGUUGGUGAGAAACUCGCCAAGUUGAUGGGACCUGAGUGCAACGCCAAAUCGAUCCAGAAUCGUUUCACGACGAUCCGGAAGCGGGCGAAUGAGUUGGGUGAGGAUGGGGAGGAGGGUGGUGCUAGGGUUACGAAGGCGAAGAGUACUGCGAAGGCUACGAAGGGGAAGGGUGGGAGGAAGGGGAAGAAGGCAGCGGCGGAGGCUUCUGAUGACGACGAUGAGGAGGGUGCUCCACCGGCGAAGAAGCAGAAGAAGGGCAAGCAUGAGGAUGGGAUUGAGGUGGGCGAGGAUGUUGGGGAGGGACUGAGGAAGACGGCGAAGGUCAAGGCUGAGGUGAAGGAGGAUUCUGAUGAUGAGGCUUGA